AUGAAUCCUGUUCGAUGGGGGUUCGAAGGGGACACUGAGCUCACUUCGUUUGGCAAACGGCAGUCUCUUGGAUUGGGUCGAGAGAUGAGACGUUUCGUCGGCGAUUUGGUGAACGAGAACUACCUUCCUAACCAGGCCAAAUACUACUCGAGUUCAGCUAACAGGUGUCAGAUGACAAUGCAGGUAGCAUUAGCCGGUUUCUACACUCCCACAGCUUGGGCAGAUUGGAAUAAGUCGCAGUUUGACUUCUGGAGUCCCGUACCGUAUACGAUCGAUGAUCCGAUGUUGAGAAUGUAUUCCGUGAAGGAUUGCCCUGUGUAUGUUUCUCUGACUUGGGCCAAAGAUGACAUGAGAGAAAACCAUCAGAUCCGCUGCGCAGAAUAUGCUCCUUGCAGAAACAUUAUGGGAGGCGUGUGGCUGAAAAAUCUGCUGGACUCUAUCAGGAGCGCGAUCAAAGGUGAAGGCCCAAGCGUCAUCGGAUAUGCUUCGGUAAGUUCAUAG